AGGAAAUAAAAUUACCAAAACAAUUUUAGGUUUUUGAAUUCACUUUUUUAUCAUUGUUGUACAGUUGCUUAUAUUAUUAGGUGGUGACCCUUUGUCCAUCUGUUUUGACCUGAUACCAUGGAAGCAGUCUUAGAAGAAUACAUCCGCAAGUUUUUGUACGAUAAAAGAGGGGAGCAGGUAUUUGUCGAUUUGAAGCAUGCAAUCUCUGUUAAACAUGUUCAGAAACACGGCUCGACAACAUUGGCUUCAACAUGGGUGAAUAUACUGCAACAUCCAGACAACUACCCUACAUCCUUAUAUGCAUACAAAAGCUUGAAGGAUCGAACGUCAGGUGUGGAGAAAGUGAUGUUGAAGACUGAUGAUAUCACGUUCACAGUUUUUAUGAAGACUGGAACACUUACUCUUCAAGGUAACUUUGCACAUGAAUGGUUCGUGCAACACUUCAAGGGUAUUCUGGAUCGUUCUGAGAGCUGUAUCACCGAUGACCAUUCAGUGCUGUCUCCAACAAGGCGUAGCUACAGCAGUAAUGGAUACCGAAGUCAGGCCUCAGCAUACACAUCGUGGAGAGAUGCUGAUAUCACAAAUACUGAGGCAAGACGACAGUUAGAUGAACGUGAUAAUUCAGCUGGAAGUCGUCUGUAUAGAAGCACCCUAGCCACUGAACCUAUACUACCAGAUGUGGACUAUAAUGCUGAAAGAAAGAUUGAAGAUGGCCAAGAUGAUAUUUUACUUGGAAUGAGAAGCCUUAAUAUGAACUCGGAACUGAUGUCUAGAGAGUCUGUACAUCGCCAGUUAGAGAGCUUGAACCAAGUUGGGGGAAUAAAAGAUGGCCCCACAUACAUAUACAAACUUUGGAAGUCACUACUUGAUAUGUGGAUCUCGACUGAAGGGAAUAAAGUCUAUAUUGUAUCGCCAUUUAUGGAUGCUGACCGUUUAGCUGAUGUAGCUGAAAUCUGUAUGAACAAUGCGUGGACGGCCAACAACUUGACUGCAAUCUAUGCAAGGAGAAUAUGCGAUGGUGAACGCACAAUCAGCGAUCUGAAAAGAGAUGUUUUAACUUAUUACAAUCAGGACGAGAAAAAGAAACUCUUUGUUGAGUACAAAGUAUUCAGUAAGAUCAUUUAUCCAGUUAAGACCUUUCAUGCAAAGUUCAUUGCUACAACAAAAGAUGGCAUGGCUGAUGUUCUCGUUACGAGCGCCAACUUUCACGGCAGCCAUUUUGUACGAUCCAACAUGGAAACUGUAUUUUUUGUAAGAAUGACUGAGCAGGAAUUUCUUGAGAACUACAUAAAUCCGAUCAAGGAAUCAGUUCAGGGGUAAAAAGCCAAUCUAGAGUUAUCAAUUUAAAAAACAGGGGUUUUUAGUGCCAAAGAAUGAUAGUAAAUACACCCCCUCUAUAAGUUUGGCA